GAAAAAAGCAACAUAAUAACCUAAGAAAUUUCAGGUAAUUUUAAAUAAAUAAACUAGGGUAUAUAUCUUCUUAUAAACUUAAAACAAUAAUCUUCCUUUCCAUUUCAAUAAUCCGUUAUGGCUCAACUCUGCGGCAACUUCGACAAUGAGAUAGACCAGUUUUUCUCGCUGGCGUCUGCCACCAGGUCAGAAUGCGACAAACUGGCCGUGAAGAUGUUCGGAGGGUUGGCCGAACCCGUUUCAGUCCAAGGGGCGACCAGCUAUACCGUCGUGGUGGGGCUCAAUCGCGAGAAGAUCGUCCAGUUUCGAAUCAAGGACGCCCAGCUAGACAUGAAAAUGUUGGAGCUUGCUAGAGAGGUUCAUGGAGAGGUCAUACCUCUUGGUGCUGCCCUUGGGCAAAUCGGCGACGACGAGCAACAGCCACUCGCAAUAUACGAGAUGGACAGGCUACCCGGAGAAAACUACGCCCUAGUACGCAACUCGCUAGCAAAUGAACCCCAAAGCCAGUUAGCCACUUUGCAUAGCCUGGCGAGCUUCUUUGCACAAGCCUGGCGUAAGCCAGUGGCUCUAGACCGGCCUACUGUCUCUGCUAUUGCUACUGAGUUCUCCAGCAGGCUCGACGACAUCUCCUCCUCCGGCGUGCUCACCGCUCGCUUCAGGCCAGCACUCGAUGAAGUGAGGAGGCAUUUCCCGACGCUUGUUUCUGGAGAUUUUCCAUUUGCGCUUACUCAUAGCGACCUUAACGAGCUGAACAUCCUCGUCGACGGCAGCAGCGGCAAUAUCACAGGAGUCGUCGACUGGACCGAUACGGGUAUUCAACCAUUCGGUCUCACCCUGUACGUGUUGGAGAAAUUCAUCGGCAGUAUGGGCCGCGACGGAUGGGUCUAUCUCGACAACGCUUGCGCGCUAAGGGACGAGUUCUGGAGGUCAUUCGCCCACUACGCUGGGCAAGUAUCUGAUUCACAGAUGAAAAGUAUUGAGGUCGCGAGAAAGCUAGGAUAUUUUUUCCGGUACGGAACAAUUAAUAGCACUGGUCAGAAGGGAGUUGUAGGAGUUGAAAAUAUGAGCAUCGAGAAGAGACGUCUGUAUCUUCAGGCAAUUCUUUAGGCGGCCGAACGAGAUCCUCCGUGGCAACGCCGCCCCCAACGUCUGGGAGUCCCUUACCGUCAAUAAACACCUUAUGGGGUCCCUGCUUCGUUUCAAUAUGCUAUUCGCCGCCUUUGAGCUCGUUGAUGCUGUCCGCGUUUCGCAGGAGAGUCCAGCCCGUAACUCGGUAAUUCCCAUCGGUGUUGGUCAUGUGGCAUCCAUCAUGACAGUACUGUGAUUAUCCAGGCCC